CUUGAAUCCCCAGCUCCGGCUUCAGGGCACUCCCCUCCACGCGACCACCAACUUGAAUCUUCUUCGGCCCUACGUUCCAGUUCGAAUCGACGACUCCCGUUUCCCCUGUCAAAUCCUCUUCACGACUGUCCCCUACCUCAGCUCUGACGACUGCUGAAGCUGUCGCUGUCGCUGUCGGCGUCGUCGUCGUCGCUCCCUGACCAAGCCCCCUCCAGACCAUGCCACUGGAGUGGUCGUCGCCAGCAGCAACAGCACGGGCAAGAUGGGCAACAACCCCAGCAAAGUGACGGCCCAGGACAAGGCGAUCCUCGACCUCAAGAUCCAGCGCGACAAGCUGCACCAGUACCAGCGGCGCAUCACCGUCCUGACCGACAAGGAGACCGACAUUGCGCGGCAGAUGCUCGCCGCGGGGGACAAGAAGCGCGCGCUGCUGGCCCUGCGCCGCAAAAAGUACCAGGAGUCGCUCCUCGCCAAGACGGACGCCCAGCUGGACCAGCUCGAGCAGCUCACCCGCAACGUCGAGUUCGCCCUCAUACAAAAGGACAUUGUGUUUGGCCUGCAGCAGGGCACAAAGGUCCUCCAGGAGAUCCACGCCGAGAUGGGCGGCAUCGAGCACGUAGAGAAGCUCAUGGGCGAGACGGCCGACGCGGUGGCGUAUCAACAGGAAGUCAGCGAGAUGCUCGGCGGCCGGAUAUCCAACCAGGACGAGGAGGAAGUCGAGGACGAGCUGGCCGCCCUCGAGGCCGAGGUCAAUGGGCCCAGCCCCGUUGCGGUCCUGCCUAAUGCGCCAGACACUGUUCUGCCCGCGUCACAGGCUGCCGAAGAUGAGCAGCUCGUCAAGGCGAAGCAGAGACAGCCAGAAAGACAAGCCAUGCUGGCUUAAUAUUCAUGUGAAUUGAGGCACAGCUUUCAUUUGUGCCAGAGCGGAAGCAUUUAUAGAUCCCAAGGCGUUUCCCGUUGAUUUCUCCUUGCUUCAUCAUUUCUUUUUUGCUCCUUUGGUGUUUCUCCUUAUUAUCCUGGGUUGGCUUCGUCCAUCGAUAUAUGCAUCUAUUUCCACAGGCGAGAAUAGAGACACAUAGGUUGGCGUUCUUUAGUGUCCAACGCUACGAGCACAAGCUAGAAACUGGGUACAAUCAAGUGUUGUUCAGGAGACAUG